AUGGCAUUCAAAUCUAAGAGCGUACUUUCACAACAAAAAUUAUUCACGACAUCGUCUUCGGGUCUGCCGAAAUGGCGGCAGUCUCCAGUCGACAUCAGUCGCAUCGCCGUGUGGAAUAAGAAAUUCCCCCCCUUACUUUUGACAAAUUAUUGGUCGAACGAUGGCACAGCAAUGCUUGCAAACACCGGCAAAACAGUCAAUAUCGAGCUGGCGAACAGAAAAAUGCCAAUAAUGCGCGGCGGUCCUUUGAAAAGCGAUGAAUUUCAAUUUAUGAACGUGCAAUUUCGAUGGGGCCCGUCCAACUGUCGUGGCGCAGAACAUUCCAUUGACAACAUUUGGUAUUCGAUGGAGGCACAAGUUAUGCAUUGGAAUACACGUUACGGAUCGAUAGACAAGUGUUACGACAAAUCUGACGGAAUCGCAAUACUCUCCUACCUCAUGCAGGUUGUCGGCUGUCCUGGGAUUCCAGAUAAUCCUGCACUUGCUCCAAUCACUGAUAAACUCUCGGAAAUAAAACGGACGGAUAGCGCAGUAAAUAUUACUCCGGACUGCUUACAGUGGAUGAUGCAGGCAUGCACAUCUCCUGGAUAUUAUACUUACCCAGGCUCUCUCACUUUUCCUCCUUAUAAUGAAUGCGUUACUUGGAUAAUUGUGCCGAAUGCAAUAAAAAUGUCGUCUCGUCAGAUCGAAGCAUUCAGAAGUCUUUACGAUCACAAAUGGGAGCAUAUAGUAAGGAACUAUAGAUCGCAACACCUUCUUCGCGGGAGAAGGAUCUUCUUCGCCACAAAGGAUACGGAUUCUAAAAUUUCUUUGCCAAAGGAAUUAUUGCGAAGGAAUUAA